GAAAUUAAUAUAUGAAGUUAAAAGAUUAGCAUUGACAGCAGAAGUCCAUCGGAUGCUUCCACGUAUGUAAUAUAUAAUAUAAUAAGUGAGCCUUGAUUAUUGCCUGUUGCAUAUUGGUCAAAAGUAAAUCUUUAGAUCCUUGAGUCACCCUGGUGUCAGAUCAGAUGUGUUCUUUACAGGCAGUCACGCCCUGUACAGCAGAGUCACUCGUCCAAACAGCAGUGCUAACAGCCCUAGCUAUUAGCCAUCCCAGCCCGGAGGAACUGAGUCAAACACUAUAUCUAAACUUAUCUAGACUAAAGCUCAUCAGGCGUAUGGCUCUUGCACUUCUGCUAACGCUGGUUACAAGUCUAGCUUGAUCAUCUGCUUGGAUUGUAAACAGAAAUAGAAAGGGAGGAGGUCUACCAGUAAAGUAAGAAUACAAGGAAUGGAAGGAGACGAUGUCAAUUUUCCAGCAGAUUCCUCAGAUAAUCUGUCUCAACGAGGAAGCGUUGCCUCAUCUGCAACACUGUCUCGUGCCCAAGAUGUGGUUAUAUAUUUGUUUGGAGAUAGUGUAGUGCAUUUAACAGUGGAAGGCCUCGGGAGUACCACUGUUCAAGAGUUGGGACGCAGUGUGCGUGAGGCUUUGAAUAUUCCUGACUCGAUACAAGAUGUUUUUGCCUUCUGGUUAUGUUCUCCAUUACUUGAAUUGCAGUUAAAACCAAGACACCAGCCGUAUAAAUUAUGUCGGCAAUGGCACGACCUGUUGUAUCGCUUCACUGAGGCCUCGGAGGAAGACAUUUCACAAGAUGAGCCUUUUCUUCAAUACCGUCGCAAUGUUUUUUAUUCCAAAUCAAAAGAGCUCCAGAUAGAAGACGAAGAUGUUCUAAGGCUAUUGUAUGAAGAAGCCAAGAGCAACAUUCUUACAGGACGAUAUCCUUGUGAUCCAGAGCACUGGAACAGCCUAGGGGCUUUGAGUCUGGCUAUAGAAGAGGGAUGUGGAAUAGAGAACCAAAAGCUAACAACUACAAUAAAAGAAAAGAAGUUGUCCUCCUUCUUGCCCGCUCACGUUGCUUUGGGGAGCGGAGGGCUGCUGUCGACGCUCAGAGGAAAAUCGAGUCGUCAGGCGGCUCUGGAGCAGAGUCUUCUAGAAGAAUACAGAAAGAUCAGCACAUCCUCUGAGUGCACACAGCUCCUGCACCAGUACCUCAACACCUGCCACUCUCUGCCUUAUUAUGGAUGUGGCUUCUUCGGCGGGGAAAUUGACAAACCUGUUCAGGGGAUCCUGCAAAGAGGACGACGGAAAGCUGUCUCUGUUGGAAUCUGUCUAGAGGGAGUGUAUGUUAUGGAUGUAAAAGAAAAGCAUGUACUACUGGGUCUGAGAUUCAGUGAACUGUCCUGGGACCAUACUUAUCCAGAAGAGGAGGGGGACUCUCAUAUACUGUGGCUUGAGUUUGACGGAGAAGAGGAUGGUACUCCAGUCAACAAGCUGCUCAAAAUCUAUUCAAAACAAGCAGAGCUAAUGAGCGGCUUCAUAGAGUACUGUGUGGAGCUGAAGUGUGUGUCUGAGGCAGCAGCAGCAGCUGACACAGAUGGUGAGCCUGGCCAGUCUCAAGCCUCCGGAAAAGAUUCAAGUAGCAAGAAUGGCCGAGGAGGGCGCCGUGGGUUACUACGGAGACAAAGCAGCGUUGUCUGCAGUCGUGUCCACUCACUUAACACCAUUAGCUACGUGGAUACUGGAAAGGAAAUCAAGCGUUUAAAACCAAAAAGAGCUGCUUCCUUCUUCACUCGACAGGCGACAAUUUCCUCUUAUUCUGCUGUUCAAGGGGCAGACAAUCUGGAGCAGGGUUAACUCUUCAACUACUCUUUUUUUGCCUUGAAAGACCAAACCUUUACAUUUUACACUGAAAGUCAAUGAACAAGAAAACCUUUGUAACUACUAAUAUAAUGAUGUGGAAAGGACCAAGUGAGGGAUAUUUAUAUCUUGAAGUCAUGUAUAUAAAGAUUAGGCAGUAAUGUGAAAGUAAAGUGUGACAAACUCUUCCAUUAUUCAAGUUGAGCCUGAAGGAGGCAAAGAAGUAGUUUAAUAUGUUAUGAUAAACAGGUGAGCUGUUCCAUAUCUCCAUACAUUAUAACAAGUCAAAACAUUUUAAACAUCUGCAGUAUUCUUGGGUAAUGUGGUUUUAAUAUCUCUGGUAAAGCUCACUGGGUUGUUACCACUUCCUGACAGUUUAAUUUUGUUAUUUUUAGGGCUUUGACAUUCUGUGAAGGGAUAGUUCAUAUUAUUCUAAUGUUAGUGUUGUCUUGGUGAUAUUUAAUACUAUGCUCCUGUUUUCUUACAUACUGUUGGUGCCUUGUUUCUUUGAAUUAAGUGGUGCCAUGUAAAAGCACUAUUUCUGUUAACCUGAAUACAAUUCUAAUUCUCAUGUCAGACCUUCAUUGUCAUGGUUAACAUACCUCAACUUAUAUAUGACAAAAUGUGUAUUAAUGGAUUAUACAGGAAGAGGUUUAAUUUGGAGAGCUGAAUUGUACAGUAUGUUAUACAUAUUUUCUCAUAUCCCUUUCCUAAAAUGACAUAAGAUAUUGUAAGGCCUAAAUAAUAUGUAGGGUUCACUGCCAUAGACUUGCUCUAAUCUUAACAAGUGGCGCUAUUUGUGUUGACAGCCAUUGCCAAAAAGAACAGGGCUUCUUGAUAGGGGAAAAUGAAAAUCAAUGGAAAACUGAUGCAAUAUUUUUUAACUUUGCAAUAUCCAAACUAAUGUGAACUCUAAACCUGAUGGAUUUUACUAGAUAAAAUAAUUGUGGAAGGGAAGAUGUAUUGUUGAGCAAAUACAAAUGUGUUAUUGAAAUAUGCUGUUACAAUCACACCAAAGUAGGCCUGUUACUGCUGAAGCCUGCAGUACAAUAUGCAGCCUGAAGCCUCACAGGUAAAAACUAACAAUCAUCUAUGUUUGGUUGUUGGCUAAUAGUAGUUUACUUCACAAUAAGCCAUUAAAACAUAGCCUUUUUCUGAUACUACAUAUACCUUAACAAACUCCAGCAAUUCAUUUUAUUCUCUCAUACCGUACAUGAUGAUGCAUGUUGUGCAUGUGUUGUAAAAUAGUCAUUCCCACAUCUGACACAUACUGCACUAUUAAUACCAUUUCACCUGUUCACAUUUUGUAACUGCUUUACUUCUUCUGAUGUUUUGUAUGUUUCAUUAGUAACAUAUUUGUAUACUAAUUUAAAGACAUGCUUAAAACACCUCAAAACAUAAAGUGCCUAUUAAUUUGUACAAUUUUGGCUGUUCUGCAGCUCGCCUUGGAAAAAUGACUGUAUGGCAUUGCUCUCAUCUAAAAUGAUACAUUGUGAAUGCUUUUCAGUACAUUUCAGUGUCACUGUUUAUUAUGUAAUUUUUAUCAAUAAAUGCACUAAAACUG